AGUUAUUAUCUACUGCUUACAGAAUUAGUCAAUACAUCUAUUUCCUGUCUGGGCCCUGUGAGUAUGACCACCACCAUUGUGCCAGCCAAGGAAAAAGUAUUUGAAAAAAAAGCAGGUGCAAUAGUUAUUCCUGAUACCAGCAGCUUAUUCCUUGCCUUCUAGGCAUACAAGGGAACUGAGGGCUGGAUCUACUCUGCUGUACUAUCCCAAAAAUGUUCAGGGGUAACAAAUGAUGUUUGGAUUCUAAAGACUUCUUAAACUUCAUAAAUACAGGCAACUUUACACCUUGCGCUGAGUUGUUUUCCUACUUUAGCCUGGCAGUUGUUUGGAAGGCUUCCAGUAUGUUGCCAAGUAUCUAUCAUAACUUGUCUCCGAUCCUAUUCCUUAUGUUUUCUAGCAAAGAUCCCUUUGCCAUAAAGAGAUGCACCCUCAAGAGCGCUUGGCCUAUUUUGCAUCCCCAAAGGGAAUGGAAUGCCAUUCCGUUUACUGUGGUUGUUAUGGCAACAGACCAGACCCGCCAUAUUGUUAGGAAUAUUUCCAUGGCAACAAAACCACGCGUGAGCAAUAACUGCCAUAUCGUUUGAUUUAGUACCUAAAGGGACCAGGACGGUUCCCUUUGUGCAACUGUCUGUCGAGCCGGCCGAGCAAAGGAAACGAAGCCCGCUUCGCAGGCAUGACCGACCAUUUAGGCCUGGAGGACUUGAAUCUGACAGGAGAAGAAGCCGAGCGCCUGACAAGCGCUUUCAAUGAGGAGGGAUUCCGCACUCUUUUUGCGGAGUACGUGGCCGAACUGAACGAUCCCGAACAAAGGGCCAUUUAUGAGGCCGAAGUGAUAGCUAUGGAGCGGCAGCGGGGCGUCGAAGCCCGCUUCCUCCACCCCACCCCGGGCUGGGUCUUGCGCACGAGCCAGGCUGGUAGCCGGCGUUGUUACAUCAACAUCUGCAGCAACCGGCUAAUCGGGAGGCCGGAGCCUCGGCCAGAGCCUGGAGGUUACUGCUGGUUACUGCCACACUCCUUAGCCCCGGGCCGCGAGGAACUGAGCCGCAAACAGCCGCGUGGGCCUCGCCGCUUGGUCUACGACGUCGUCUUCCACCCGCGCACCCUGCGCUUGGCCGACCGCAUGACCCGAUUCCGCCGCCUGGUGAACGACACGGCCUUGGAGGCGAUAGAGAAAAAUUUCUCCCCGCAACUGGACCGCACGAACGCCGUCCUUCUCAACCGCAUUAAGUACAAGGGCGUCCCUCAGGCCACGCUGCUCCGGACGCCGCUAACCGCAGGAGCUCGACUGUCCCCAGAAGAGGCUGGAGAGCCAGACGACUCCCCCUUGCCGCCUUUCCCCUCGCCAUACACCUAUCCGCCGCCCAGCCCACAAUACGAAGCUCCGAGACCCCCUCCGCCCAAGCCACCCCCGUCUGCCACCACUCCGCAAUGGACCCUCCGGCACCGCUCCUACGUGGACCUUCAGGAUUAUCGCAACAGCCGGGACUCCGCGCCUAGCCCGAUCCCCCGCGAGUUGGUGAUGACCAUUGAACUGCCGUUGCUCAGCUCUGCCGCCCAGGCCCAGCUGGAGAUCAAUGGCCAGGAACUCCAGCUGGACUCGCAGCGCCCUGCUGCCUACCACCUGCGCGUCCCAUUGCCCUACGCAGUGGACGAGAGCCGUGGCCAGGCCACGUUCAACAAAGCCAAGAAACAACUGGUGGUCGUCCUGCCGGUUUUGCGGAAGCCUGACCCGGGGCUUGCUUUCGGAGUUCAAGCUGAGCAGGAGCAAAUCGAGGCCUCGCCAGAAAACGAGGAGCAGCUGCCCGAAGACAGCUGCAUCAGCCCGGAUAAGGACGGUGCGGAAGUGUGUCAAAAGAGCAGCUGUUCUGAGCAGGCGCUUCCCGUUCUUGCGUCUGACGUAGAAAUAACUCCGACCCCCGCUUUGGCUGUGGCUACAACAAAUGGUGCUGCGGGUGUCGCUUUAGUUUCUGACUUGAACGGGCCCGUUCCGCUCAGUGCCCACGAACGCACUGCACGCUACAAUCUGGAGUUUUCGAUGCAUGCGGGAGAAGAGAAUCCUGCUGUUUCUUGUCCUCCCGAAUUUAGUGCUGCACUUCCCGUGUGCAACGAGAACAACAGUGAAGGGGAUCCGGGGUUAACCAGAAGCAGUAACAACGUGAUCUUGGGUGCACAGCCUGAAGGUACCGGCUUACAUUCCCUUUCCCCCACUCUGCAUACUGACCACGCGUGGAAGCUCCCUACAGAUCCUGCUGUUUCUUUAAAUCAGGAACAUCCCUGUGCCGACAUGGAACUUAAUAAAAGUCCCAAGAUCGCUAAUGUUGAGCUCCCAUUGUGUCCAGAUAACAGCGCAAUACCGUGUAAAUGGCCCUCUGAUAGCUUGGAUCAUUCGGAGACAAUUUUGUCAACUGACAAUGUAGAUCAGAGUCCAGAGUUUUCUGGGAACUCAGAUACAGCAAAACCCGCUACUACUGACCACGUGGAACAUUCUGUUUUGUAUCCUGGAAAGAGACCCACUAUUUCUUCUGUUCAGCCUUCACAAAAGUUUGAAGUUGCUGUAGAUACCCAGAUAGCCUCUACUUGCAGUCCAGAUCCUUCAAUAUCCCCUGCCAGCACUCUGUGUCCUCCUUUUAAUUGUACUCAAGAUGAAAAGUCUUUGGUGAUCCUCUUACAGGUUCCAGAUAUUGUUCCUCAUACUUUCCAAGGGGAAGUGGGCACAAAUCACUACUGGCUGAAUUUUGCAAACAAAGGCUCUAUUUCCUACAAUUUCCUCUUGCAGUUUCUUCCUGAAAAUAAAUUAUCUUCUCCAGAAAGCGAAGUUAACGUAUCACCUAAUAAUGUUGUCAUUAUCCUCACCAAAUCACCCGAAACCACUGGAAUUUGGACAAAGUUCUAUUUUGGUUCAAAUUAUGACAAUUUACAGGAAAGGUGGUUUAUCACUGAAAACAAUGUUGAUAAGUUUGUCAGUCACCCAGGGAUGUGCUGUUCCAGUCAAUCAGAGAAGGAACACAAGCCAUUAAUUGAAGUAUUGGAUGUCUCUGAGGGCAAAAGCCAGAUCAGAUUAAAGCAGAUAGAGAAUGGUAGCCUGGAACUUGGCAGAAGAGAAAAAAGAGAUGACAGUGAACAAGAACAUGGCAAACUUUUAACAGAUAAAGAAAACUGCUCCAAACAAACCACGAGUGUUUCAGGUUCAUUUGUAACUAUGCAGAAAAUGGGGCCAGUUGGCAAGGGAUCAAGCUAUUGUAUGGAACUUGACCCUGGUGACCCCGAUGGGAGGAUACUAGGGAAGCUGCAAAUAAACAAAUUACAUGAGCCAGGUCUUUCUUUUGCAACAAGCAAAAGAGCCACGUCCUCAAUGCAAGCUGAGCUUCAGGAGGGAGAGGAAGUGAAUGAACAUAAGGAGCCCUCACAGAACAAAGAGUUGAACAGGUUAACUCCCACUGUGUUAAAGGAAACUAACAUGCAAGAUGGUACUGUGGAGUAUACAAGCUGCCACAGAACACAGUGUGCAAUUACCUUUGAAAAUGCUUUGCUAUAUGAACUGGAUUAAAUCAGUUUCAUAAGACUCAACUGAGUCUGCAGCUACCUCAAAUUUUGCACUCACUGUGAAGUAUACAAAAAGUCAAAGCUAUACAGAAAUUGAAAUUCAUAUUGAUGGAAGAAAAAAGUAAUAGAAACUGCUUGUUCCUUCAUUUAGUUCAAAAAUUCGGAUGUGACUAAUUUGUUACUGAAUUUCAAAAAGAAAUAGGCAGUUCAUUAAAGCUAUACAGAUUUCUCAGGCAAAUCCUGAUCCAAAUUAGAUGGCAAAAGUUAGGAAAGCAUGUAGAAAAUCUGCAAACACCUUGACUUAUAAGUAAACUACAUAUUUUUGUGUAAACAUUUUGAGCCAUGCUUAACUGGGAAGACGACAUAUAAUUUCUGACAAGAUUGUCUGAAAGGAACCAACUACUGUGACCAUUCACAUUUGCAAAACCUAAUUCUGAUUGGCUUCCAGUUCCUUAUUUUUAACAUCCCAUUCUGUUUUCUCCAGUUUUUAGCCAAAUAGCAAAUAACCCAGUAAACAUUCUCCAAAACUAUAUGACAUUUUACACAUAGCCUUUGCUGUUAGAAUUGCUUUCAACUGUGUAUUUACCCAGCUUGAGUGUUCUCAUGCUAUCUAGUAUCCUAUAGGUAGGGAAUAAAGAUUAUGAACAAUCAAUUGCCGUCUAGUUUGCAAACAUUUUCAGUCUUUUGGAAGCCUUUUUAAUGCCCCAGCCACAUUGGGGAAAUUCUUCAAGUGGUAUGAAAAAGUGGUAACUCAAAAAGGAAACCACUGAAACCAAAUGGAUUUAUUUGUAACAUGGCUAGGAUUCUUAUGCUGCCAGAUUGCCAAUUUCAUUUACUUAAAUUUUCAAAAAAUUUCAAAGCUUAACUUAAAGACAUUUUGUAAGCAUUGUCCUAUUUUGUCACAGCAACCAUUGGCAAGCUGAGUCUGUUUCUCUUAAGUAUAAGUCAUAACUGUAAGUAAUGUCAUUAAAUAAUCAUGGGAAGAUAUACCUAUGCAAACAAUAUGGUAGAUACCCCCAUAAAAAUAUAUUCUUAGAUAAUAUGUACUUGAAAUUGUUAUUCUUUUGAAUAUGCAGAUCACAUCAUUAAAACUGCCAUUGAAACCCAGUUAAAUUAUCAUAACAUCCAAAACUACACAGUAUGCAAUAACAGAGAACUGUUUUAAAUGUCAACUUACCAUAAUUAAAUUUUCUUGCUUAAACCAACUUCUAAUUAUCCCCAGAAUUAUCCAUUAGGUGGAAAAUGACCUUUGGUGUUGUUGAUAAUUUGCUGGAAAUUAGCAAGCGACAUUGCACAGAACAAACUACAAAGUCAAGAUUAAACUUUCCAUAAAAUAAAUUAACUUUCAUCAGUGACUUAUGUGGUUCUUAGCUGUGCUUAGUUUUAACUGAAUUGUUCAAUUUUGGCGAUAUUACAAACCAGAGAUUUUAACAAACUCCCUUCUAAAUAAGAAUGA